GCCACGACACAUGCCAGUGCCACACUGCCACGUUCUCUUCAUGCACCAGAUCUUCGUCAUUUAUAAACUCAACCUCUCUCCCACCCUUACAUCGAGAAAGAAACAAGAAAAUUAACAAAAAGACUUGCUUCGGAAAUGCCAGGCUUGACAAUCGGAGACACAAUUCCCGACCUUGUAGCCGAUAGCACCCAUGGGAAAAUUAAGCUUCAUGACUACAUCGGUGCUAGCUGGACGAUAAUCUUCUCUCACCCGGGCGAUUUCACGCCGGUCUGCACUACGGAACUUGGCCAGAUGGCGGCGCAAGCUCCGGAGUUUGCUCGGCUAGGGGUGAAGCUCGUGGGAUUGUCUUGUGAUGAUUUGCAGUCCCACAACGAGUGGAUCAAGGAUAUUGAAGCCUACACUCCUGGCUGCAAGGUGACGUACCCGAUCCUUGCAGAUCCCAACAGAGAGAUCAUCAAGCAACUGAACAUGGUGGACCCGGAUGAGAAAGACUCCGCAGGAAACCCGCUCCCAUCUCGAGCUCUGCAUAUCGUAGGCCCCGAUAAGAGGGUAAAGCUGAGCUUUCUAUACCCGGCGACGACUGGGCGAAACAUGGAUGAAGUGGUGAGGGUGUUGGAGUCCUUGCAGAAGGCCUCCAAGUACAAGGUCGCCACCCCGGCGAAUUGGAAACCGGGAGAUCCUGCGGUGAUUUCGCCCAGCGUGUCCAAUGAACAAGCCAAGGAGAUGUUCCCUCAGGGUUACAAGACCGCCGACCUCCCAUCCAAGAAAGACUACCUUCGUUUUACCAAUGUCUAAAAUGAUCCAAACUGCAUGCAUAUGCCAGUUGGGUACCAAAAAAUAAUAUUGUAUGAAGUCUUAAGUUUAUGCAUCUUCUCUGUGAGAUGUUCUAGUGAACUAGAUAUGUGUCUGUACGUAGAAAUCGUUUAAAAUGCUUAUGGGACCUUAUUAACGCUAAAUUAAUUUGUUUGCUUGCCUAA